AUGAAAUACGACUACCAACUGGCAAUAUCCUCCGGUAUCAUUCAUGAUAGAAUUGCCGAACAUUAUAAUAACAAUAGACAUAGGCAUAAUCAAGGGAGAAAACUGUCUUUAAAUUUUGAAAUAAUUGGUGUUUUAUUAGAUAUCAUUAAAAAUGCUACUGAUAAUUCUACAUACUUAAAAUUGACAGAUUUCCAAAACAAUGAUUACAUAUAUUUGGUUAAAUUGAACGAUGAAACAGUUGAUCAAGAUUUAAGUUUAAUCUAUGACACUUUUGAUUUAGAUCAUUCAAUAUCAACUUUAAAUGAUAUUUAUUUAAAUUAUAUAUGCUUUAUUCGUUGCAAAGUGGAACAUAACUUUUCAAUGCAAAAUAAAAAUGACAAUUUUAUUAGAAUGAAUGCCAAUGAAAUAAUACCAAUGGAAAUAACUGAAAUUGUAAAUACUGUCUCCUCCACAGAUGCUACUAUAUAUUCCAAGAUACUGAUGACGAUACUGAAACAGUUAAUAACAAAAGAUUCAGAUCCAACUAGUCCCUUCAAGUUUAUUAAAUUGGUCAAUUAUAAUUAUGAAUUUAUUAAUUUUAUAAAGAAUUUAGAUUUAAUGUUGAAACACAAGAAUAAAUUACCUCAAAAGACUGAGACUAAUCCAUUGUUUAUUGUUGAUGAAAAUAAUAGUUCUAACUCAUCAAAUCAAUCAAAUUCUUUGGGUGAAUUUGAUUCACAAGCUAUAUCUCAAGUUUCACAAUUGAAGAAAAAAUAUUUGAAUAAUGGGACGCAGUCUGACCUCCUAGAGGGAAAUAAAACACAAAAAUUUGAACAUGCAUUAAAAUCUUUACCAAUUUUUACAAACUCAUCUUCGAUAAAUUCCUCUGCCUAUAAUUCAAAAGUAAACUCUAAUAACAGGACCAAAGAAAGUCCUAACGUUGAUGAUAUGCAUAUAUCUUUUACUCCAGAUGUUACAGAUAAUGAUGAUAUAUCAAGCAUAGGAUCAAAGCGAAGGAAAACAGAAUCAAAUAAUAUAACAAUAACUGCAUAUACAAGACCACUUUCAACUUUCAUACAAUCUAGGGAGAGAGCCAUUUCUAAUUCUCUAGUUAUGCCAGUUGAAGAAAAUAUAGAGGCCAGGAAUACAUCCUUCAAAACAAAUAAACUAUUUCAUACAAAUUUGUCUGAAAAAAAUAUAAAAAUACAAAUAUUAUCACAAGAUCUUGGUAGCUCUAGUCAAGAAGGUAAAAAUAUCUCUAAAAUUACAUCAAUCGAACCUACUCAACGAAUGAAGGAAUUUGUAACAAGUUCUCAAAGUUCUCGAAUUUGGACUCAAACGUCACAAAAUAGACCACUUUCCAAAAUUGAUCAUCAUUUGGUAAAGGAUAAACUUCCAAUAAAAGAAGAACAAGAUGUCCAUACUAGUUCAACUUUUCAACUCCCAGUUGUUAAUUUAUCUCCAGAACUCAAUGAAAAUACAGAUUUUGAAAGUAACGUACAAAAUACUAAAAGCUUGGUACGAUUAACGAAUGAAGAAAACUCAAAAAUUAAUAAAGAUCAAGUCAUUCACAAAAAAUUGAAUUCUAAAGACAAUUCAAAUAUUAGCGAUUUCAUGAGUUUGAAUUCUCCUUCGCUAUCGUCACUCAUUUAUUCAUACCCAACUGAAUCACAAAUCAAUAAUGCAAAUGAGAAUACCACAUUGUUUAACGGAAUUUUAAAUAAGACAAAGGAUAAUCAGUCAUCUCUAAGUGAUAUAUCUACCCAAGAUAUUGAAUCACAACUUCGGUAUGACACAAAUAUUAGCAAAUCUGAUUUAAGUACAGAACUUAGAAAAUCGUCCAAGGUCACUGAUCAAAAUAGUAGCGAUACACUUGAAAAAAUGACACAAAUAUAUUCUUUAUCCAAAUAUGUACCUAAAAAUUCAUCUGAUAUCAAGCAAUUAUUAACGAGUAAUUUUAAAACGUCCUUAACUUUCACAGGCCAAUUUGUCGGAUUAUACCCUAAAGUUAGAGAAUCGUUUAAAGAGUUGAAUAAGAGUAUGUUACGAUUAUAUUUUGUAAAGGAAGAAACUAUUGAAGAUAUACAAUAUCGUCAUUCAAAAUAUGUUGGAAAUAAUACCCAGACAUCUGAACUCAACAUUGAAUUAAUUCCAUUGAUUAAUUGUAUUGAAAUUAUAUUACCCAGUAUUAAUCAUAUUGAACAAGUUUUUGGUAGUUUUAUUGAAAACACAGACGAUUUACAAAAUAGUUUAUUUAAUAAAAAAAUAUCUGUCAAACUUGAAUAUUCCCAAUGGAAAUCAAAUUCGAAAUUUAAUCAAAUAUUUAAAUACUGGUCAUUUAAAUAUAUGAAAAUUUUAAAAGAAAAAGCUAUAUCUCUUCAAUCGUUACUAUCAUCAAGUCAUAAACCUAGUCUCUUAAAUAAUAUACCCUCUGAUCAAUCAAUUGAAGAAUUUAAUAAAUCUAUUGAAAAUAAACAAGCACAUUUCAAUCGUCUUCAUAACAUUCAGAGAAAUUUAAUAGUUCAAAGCUUUAAGAAUGUCUUGAUAAACCAAAAUAAAAUCCUAAAUUCUGUUGAACUGGUAGGACUAUUAUUAAGUUUCCAUCAAUUAAAUGAAUCGUGUUAUUCGAUAACAUUCACAGAUUUUACCUCAAAUUCGAAUAUCAAGACGUUUGUGCGGGCUAAAUAUUUAAAAAACGGUUUCGAGAAGAUACCCUUGAGUAACGAUAAAGUAUGGGGUGGAAUCAUUUUUGAUGAUAAAUUUAACAAUUUGAAUGAAAUGGUUUAUUCCACAUACGGCAAAUAUUUACAUGAUAUGGGAGAAUAUGAAUACCUUUCCAGUGAUGGAACUCGUGGCUCUAAGAAUGUAAGCAAUUAUGGUAUUAUUGUCAAGCUGGUAGCAAAAUUUAAGAAUAUUAACAACAAUGGUCAAAAUUGUAGUAUUUCAAGAUGUCAAUUGAUAACUAAAUUAAUGAUGGAUAAUAAAAAUCAACUUACAAAUAGUGAGCGGAAUCAUUUAACAAGUUUUUACAAGAGAUCAAUGGAAAAUAUCCCCAUGGAAAUGCUUUUAAAAUAUUUUGUCAACUUUACUCAUUGUUACCCAAUUGAAAUCGUUAAGGAUCCAUUAAAUAAUACGGAAGUCGCACGAUUGUUACAAGAUAGCAAACAAAAGGAAUUAGAACUAUUAUUUGAAGAUGCGGAUACCACGAAUGAUACUAUGACAAAUGACACAAAUACCACAAGUGCUAGUUCUUUUCAAACUGCAAGCUCGAUUAAUAAUGAUGUAGCAGAUGAUCUCUAUACAUAUGAUAUCAUCGAAAAUGCGAAAAUAAUAGAAUUACUCUUGUUGCAAAAAUUUAAUAGAGAAAAGAAACUUUACAAAAUUGAAGCCAAGAUAAUUGGUAUGGAAUAUUUUCCCAACGAAUAUAUGGAACUUCAAUUAAUCGAUGACUUAAUCUUCCAAGAGGAGAGACAAGAACCAGGGAUAACAAUCAAUAGAAUAUUACGUGUUUUUUUCGAGACUCCUGAUGAAAUCUUCCACUUCUUUGGGCUUGAAUCCGACAAUGGCCAUGAAUCUGAACAUGCCAAACGUAUUAAUGAAAUCAUCCAAAACAAGCAAAUCGAUUUGAAUCGUAUCAUGAAUAAAACUGUUCAAUUCACUUUACGCCCUCAAAAAAUAUCUCUCACCAGAAAUAAAAGCAAUAACAAUUCUGCAGCCCUCAUCGGUCUAGAUCUCCUAAGACUACAAGGGUGGAAGGCAGUAGAAUGUACGCUACAGGAGAUUUGUUACGAGGUAGACCGUCGAGCACGUCUAUCCAUCAAACAAGAGGUCGAGAACACUUGA